AUGGUUGCCAAAAUACCCACAACCAUUCUGGCUCUUGUUUUGGCUGUUUUUGCGCAGCUGACAACAGCGUUCCACUUUUAUCUAGGCGGUGAUGCCCCAGCACAGCAAUGCUUUUACAUGGAUCUGCAUGAGGAUACCGUGCUAGUGUCUAAACACAACGCUCUCGAAUUUGAUGAAACCACCAAGACUUACACUCGUCCAUCGACCCUUGCUCUUCAAGUGACAAUUGAGGAAACUUUUGAUAACGACCACCGUGUCCGCAACCAACGCAUGGAGUCGCAAGGAGACUUUACCUUCACAGCCGCCGAUUCUGGUGAGCACCGCAUCUGUUACCGUGCACUUUCUGGCGGCUGGUUCCAUCCCAGCAAGGUCAAGGUGUACUUGGACGUUGCACAGGGAUCCGGCAGCCAUAUUGACUCGUCCAACUCCAAAAAGCUUAACACGCUGGCUGAUCGUGUGCGGGACAUCAAUAAUAAGAUGGGCUUAAUUAAGGUUGAGCAGCACCUGAUGCGUGAGCGCGAAGCUCAAUUCCGUAACCAGAGUGAGAGUACCAACGCCAGUGCUGUUAAGUGGUCCAUUAUUCAGCUGGCUGUACUUGGCCUGACGUGCGUGUGGCAACUCCAUCACCUGCGUGGCUUCUUUAUGAAGCAAAAGCUCGUGUAA